AUGGCACAUGGAGGUAUUAUCAAACGGCCUCAUGAGAUCCUUUCUGAAGCAUUUGGCACCUUGGCCAUUCCCGGUGGGUGUGUCAACGGGCAGCCUGUGAACGACAAUGAUGCUGGAGGAGAGCAUGUGGCAGUGGGGCAGAGGGAGAGCGGCAAUAGGACCUUGGUUGAAACCUCAAUGCGUGACAAUGUGUCCAUGACUAGGGAUAUCUGGGGAUUGGUACACAUGGCCCAGGCACUGAGGAUGGAGGCAGAGGUGGUGAUGAAGGAGUGCGCACUUUGGGACGACACCGAUUCCAGGCUCAAGAAUGCCUAUGUCAGAAAGAGGAUGAUGAAAAUCCAACUCAUGACACACAAGAUCAUGCUGUCAAUCAUUUCCAUCCUCGAAUUCAUUGGUCCAGCCUUCGAACGCCAGACUGAAAUGGACCGGGCUGAAAGGAGGGACUCGUGUGUGUGGUCUGUAAUUAAACUGUGCUGCUCCUCAUUGGAGCAUGUGGAUGAGAUCCUCGAUCACUCCCUAGACUGGUAG